AUGGCUUUAAAUAAAACCGGCAUAUUUACACCACCAGUCGACCAUUAUAUAACAGCAGGGCAAAUUAUCGGCUACCUUACCGAGCCAUUAGUCAACCCACUAGAAAAUAUACUUGUAUCUACGUUAACAGUUCUAUUUCCCUCCACAAGUCAAUAUGUCAAGAAUUUUCUCGCGGAAAAUGAGUCACCGUUUUCCAAACGGUUGCCACUCAUGAACCCGUUUCAUGUAUUGCUUAUCACGCUUUCCUAUUUGUCGGUAGUUUUCGUUGGUAAGAGAAUUAUGGAGAAUAGGACGAAAUUUGAUACCAGAACGCUUAGUACGAUACAUAAUUCUUUCUUGGUCUGGUUGAGUGCGUACAUGUGUUAUGGAGUACUGAGUGAAGCAUGGAAUCAAGGAUAUGGUUUAUUUGGUAAUCCAGAGGAUAAAAGUGAGAAUGGAUGGCAGAUGGCAAAAUAUAUCUGGUUAUUUUAUGUCUCGAAAAUUGCAGAAUUUACGGACACUUUUAUAAUGGUGUUAAAAAAGAAUAAUCAUCAGAUAACGUUUCUGCACGUGUAUCACCAUUGUUCAAUCUUUGUGAUUUGGUGGUUAGUCACCUUCAUCGCGCCAAAUGGAGAAGCUUAUUUUAGUGCCGCACUAAAUUCUGCUGUUCACGUGGUGAUGUACGGCUAUUACUUGAGCACCACACUCUCAGUCCCAAUACGAUUCAUCAAACGAUACAUUACCCUCUUCCAAAUGACACAAUUCACGCUAAUGAUGAUCCAAGCAACCUACGAUAUGGUUUUAUUUAAAGUAUUGACACCGGACGCAAAACAAAAGUAUCCAUUCGUGUUGACCGCGUUACUGUGGGUCUAUAUGUGGACGAUGUUGGGAUUGUUUAUGAAUUUCUUUAUCGCUGAUCGAAAGCGUGAGCGUGAGGCAAGGGCGGCGAAAAAGAAGGCGCAUUGA